AUGAAUACUACAGUUUUAGAAUGGAAAAAAGUCAACUUUUUUGAUAUUGUUGGAUUGCCUUUUGUAAAAUUCCCGAAUAUUGAGGAAAUUACGUGUCACUGUUUCAAUCUGACCAAAUCUGAUGCUGGUGAAAGUAAUAAUACUCUAGUGUUCUGUGACAAAAAUGGACAACUACAUGUUUACUUUCCUAACUGGGAGUGCAUAUCCUUUAAAAGUCAACAUUGCCAGCGCCACAUCAGGCAAUGUGCACUGACGUCUAAUAAUUUACUAGCAACUGUCACACAAGAUGCAACAUUUGUAGUGCACAUAGAUAUAUACGAUUUAAAAAAGUUGACUAAAAAACAAGGAGCUCCACUGAUUGCAUCCGCAACUAUUAAUACAACAAGUCCUACCACAUGCAUCAAUGCAGUCAUUGAGGAUAAAAUACUGAUAUUAGCCUUAGGCUUUGAGAAUGGGGACAUUCUGUUGCAUUAUGGAAAAAUUAACAGAUUUAUUUUGACAAAUAGUCGCCGCCACUCAAUAUCUGCACACGCAAUUAAUGGAAUACAUUUCGACAUCAGACGUCAAAGCACGGAUAAACAAACUACAUAUAUGUUUGUGACAUGUUUUGAUGGCGUGUUUUGCUUUACAAUCAAAGAAAAGGGCGCCAUUGAUCAAAAAUAUAUACUGGAUAAUAAUAAACAUGCUUACAAUCAUUGUUGUACGAUGCGCAAAGCAAGUAAUGCAGAAUUAGAUGAUUCUAUGUUAGUAGUAGGGCGAGAAGAUGCUAUAUACUGCUACACUCGUGACGGAAGGGGCCCUUGCUAUGCCAUUGAAGGGAAAAAAAAAUGUUUGGAUUGGGUAGGCCAUUAUCUUAUAGUUGUAGUCCAAAGUCCAAAAACUUUUUUUUCGGAUAAGACGAAGGUGACUCUAAUUGUAGUGGAUACUGAAAACAAAAUUAUUGUUUUUUCUAAACAACUUGAAGAUUUUCUUUUUACUAUCAGCGAAAACGAAGUAUGUUACAUUAUCACUAAUACUGAAGAUAGGGAUAGCUCUUGUACAAACAUAUUCAAAUUACAGCAGUACAAUACGAAUACAAAAAUUCGACUUCUAAUUGAACAAAGUAUGUACAAUAUUGCUUUGCAAUUGUUAUCAAGAGAAUCCCUUGUUUCUUCAUAUGAUACUGCUUGCGUGCGGUUUCAAUACGGAAAUCAUUUAGUACUUAAGGGCGACAUAAGUAGAGCAGUCAUAGAAUAUACUAAAACAAUUGGCUUUAUUAAACCCUAUGAUGUGAUUUCCAAACUACUGUUUUCCAGGUACACUGAAUAUCUAAAAGAAUAUGUAUAUGAACUUUUAAAAAGUAAUCAUUCUAAAAACAAGCACCUACAACUUUUUAAAUUACUUGAUCAGAACAAGUGUAAACCGAACAAUGAUUUCAAUCCUGGCAAUAAUGUUUUUUUCAAUACCACGGGUAAUGUUAAUCUGGAUACGCUUUUAAAUUCUGCAAAUGGAACUCAAUCCAAAAGUUUUGAAGGCAAUGAACUUUUACAUUUGCAUUUAGAAUAUGGACCAGAAUCACUAAUGAAAAACCCAGAAACUUAUUUAAAGAUUGUCAAAUCGGUAAUUAUUGGAAACACGACAAAAAACAUUCUUUGUUUUUUUUCCAUUUUGUCGGAAUAUAACGAGUUUUGUGCCAACUUAUUAUCAGAAAUAAUUGGGAGUUACCCCACAUGUGAUGAGCAAUUAUAUGAUUAUUUACUAAUUCUGUAUCUUGGACUUUGGCGUGAUAAAAAAAUAACCACCGGUUUUGUUUUAGAUUUUUUGAAUAAUGGUCGCCUACGUCUUGAAAAAGUUUUAAUUAUAUGUCGACUCUAUAUAUUUUUGAAUGGGAUUAAACAAUUUCAUAAAAAUCUGAAUAACGCAGAUAUAGUAACCGAUGGAGGAUCGGACAAAUGCGUACACAGUCUUAUUAAGAGUUAUCCAGAUCUUAAUCACGUCUUUGAACUGAGGACAAGCUCAUUAUUAAUGAUUUUAAAUAGUGGAUUCCGAAAUAAUUCGAUACAUGCAUUGCAACUUAAACCUUUUAUUAGGGAAAGGAUAGUCCAAAAUAUUUUGGACUCAAGAAAGGAAUUGCAAACUAUUGAAAAUUUAAAAAAAAAAAUUAAAAAAGCAGAUUUUACGCUUUCUCUUUAUAUAAAUAAUCCAAUAGAAUUUCGCAAUAGUACAUGUGAUAUCUGUCGCCAAUCGCUAAAUAUGCAAUCUGUCUAUUUCCUUUGUCAACAUUCUUUCCAUAAACAAUGUCUUAUCUACAAUAAGUUGAGACGUGGGGAAGAAGCCAUAUGUGUUGCUUGCAGUGGCGAAAUUAAUUACUCUCCCGACCAAAAUGUUUAUUUAGAGUCAACAGACACCAUUUCAGUGAUUUCAAAGGUAAUUUCUAUGGGGAUUGUAGAAAUAGCAACCGAUAGCGGAUUUUCCAGAAAUAUUACUCCAAUAAAAGAGCCCUAUGAAAUCAAAAGUACAACCUCGAGAAAUCCCUUUAGUUCAAAUGUUAAUAUUUCCGAAGGCAUAUCUUAGAAUCAUAUAUAUUUACCUAUACGAAUAUUCUAAUCAUUUUAUGUACCCUUAGAAAAAUAAAUAAAUGUAUUUUUUCAAUAUCUAA